AUGAGGGGCUUCAUCGCUCUCUCUCUCGCCUGCGCUGCAGCUGCAGCGCCCUCGUUCAGCUACGAGACUAUCCACGAUGGAGCAGCUCCCAUACUGUCCUCCGCUACCUCCGAAGAGGUUCCCAACUCAUACAUCAUCAAGUUCAAGAGUCACGUUUCCGAUUCUUCGGCCGCUGAUCACCACUCGUGGGUUCAGAAGAUCCAUGGUGAUAAAGAGGAUGAACGAUUAGAGCUCCGCAAGCGUGGUCAAAUCCCGCUAGUCGGUGAUGUCGUUGACAGCUUCAAGGGUUUGAAACACACCUUGAAGAUUGGCUCCGAGUUCCUAGGAUAUUCUGGCCACUUCGAUGACUCAACUAUCGAAGAGGUCCGAAGGCAUCCCGAUGUCGAAUUCAUCGAGAAAGACUCGGUUGUCUAUGCUCUUGCAGACGAAGAGCCGGACCUAGAGAAGAACGCGCCAUGGGGUUUGGCACGAAUCUCGCACCGUAAACAACUUUCUUUCGGUUCAUACAACAAGUACCUCUAUGCCGCUGAUGGUGGUGAGGGUGUCGACGUCUACGUCAUUGACACUGGUAUCAACACUGAACACGUUGACUUUGAAGGUCGUGCCUCUUGGGGCAAGACUAUUCCUAGCGGCGAUGAAGAUGUUGAUGGCAACGGUCACGGUACCCACUGCUCCGGCACUGUCGCUGGUAAGAAGUACGGUGUUGCUAAGAAGGCCAAUGUGCACGCCGUCAAGGUCCUCCGAUCUAACGGAUCCGGUACUAUGUCUGAUGUCAUGAAGGGCGUCGAGUGGGCUGCUGAAGCACACUUAGAGCAAGUUGCCAAGGCUAAGAAGGGCUCUCGCAAGGGUUUCAAGGGAUCCACCGCCAACAUGUCUCUGGGUGGAGGUAAAUCUCCAUCCUUGGAUCAAGCUGUAAAUGCUGCCGUUUCCGCUGGUCUCCACUUCGCCGUUGCUGCGGGCAAUGACAACGCCGACGCUUGCAAGUACUCCCCUGCUGCUGCUGAUAAGGCCGUUACUGUCGGUGCCAGCGCUCUCGAUGACAGCCGUGCAUACUUCUCCAACUGGGGCAAGUGUGUCGAUAUCUUUGGACCGGGUCUCAGCAUUCAGUCGACUUGGAUUGGCAGCAAGACUGCCAUCAACACUAUCUCUGGCACAUCCAUGGCCUCUCCUCAUAUCGCUGGUCUCCUUGCCUACUUCCUCUCUCUGCAACCUGGCAAGGAUUCCGAGUACGGUCUCGCCGACAUUACUCCUGAGAAGUUGAAGUCCAACAUUGUCAGCAUCGCCACUAAGGAUGCUCUUUCCGACAUUCCCAAGGACACCCCCAACCUACUUGCCUGGAACGGUGGUGGUUACUCCAACUACAGCAAGAUUGUUGAGCAGGGUGGCUACACUGCCGAGACCCCCGCUGUUAAGACCAUCAACAUUGAGGAUCUCGAGAAGGCUAUCGAGCACGACCUCAACGUCGUUUCCGGCACCGUCGUCAAGGGUGUCUCUUCUCUCUCCGGCAAGGCUGAGGAACUUUCUCACAAGAUCCACCAGGUCGUUGAGGAGGAGCUUAAGGAGUUUUUCGAGGAGCUCCGUGUAUAA